UGAAAAUAUAAAUGUAGUCUUAAUACUUAAGCGCGUAGCUCGGAAAAUGAACCGAGCUGCUCCAUCAAAAACAUUGCCACAUUCUGUACAGACCGUUAAUUUAAAAGACUACGGCACCUUCUCAGAAUAUUACAACGACGUUAGUAAUAAGAGUCCUCCAACAUUUUUUUGCUUUACCGGGACAAAGAAGAAAGGCGUUAAUAGAUGGUGUCGGGAUUUUGCAGAAGCGGAGCCAGUAGUGAAAAAUGUUCUAAAUGGGAUUCACAAACACGUUGUAUUUGUCUUCGUCGAUGUCGGCGAUAGAGAAUACUGGAAAAAUCCUCAAUGUCCCUUUAGAACAGACACUCGAACGAAGCUUAUGGUUAUACCGACAAUAAUUAAAUGGAACGGAGUCCAAAGAUUAGAAGGGAGUCAAUGUAACAAAGCUCAGCUGAUUGAAAUGAUGUUUGAAGAUGAGUAAAUUACAUAAAUAAUAUCGAAAAUCCACGUAAGCUUACACUUCAUAUUAUACAGUAUACCUAUAAAUAUGUACAUAUAUAUAUGGCGUAACAUUUUAUAAUUUAUAAGUACAUUGUCAAUUGAAUAAAUACUAU